GCGAAUGGACGCAGAAGAACACCAAGUGCUUGAAGAGCGCCUUCUUUGAGUAUGGCGCCUUGCUCUUCAGGGGCUUCCAGGUGGAAGACGCCCUCGGUUUCGAAGAGGUCGCGCUGGCCAUGAUACCAAACCUCGAGAAGGCAUACUUGGGCACGUCCCCACGAAGCCAAAUCCAGAACACGACCUACGUGUUUACCGCCGCGGACUUUGACUCUCAUCGGGCGGUGCCGGUCCAUCUGGAGAUGUCCUUUCGCGACUCACCGCCGGCAACACAGCUCUUCUACGCCAAGCAAGUUGACCAGUGGAGAGGAGGCGAAACGCCGUUGACCGACUUUCAGGCCGUUUGGGAGACGCUUUCUGGCGACCCAAAUCUGAGAUCAGAAUUCGCAGACGGGCGGGUGGAGUACCUCCGCAACAUGGACGAUU